AUGCUAUCCAGAGUUUCCCAAUUUAUUGCUAGGAAGGCUUUGAUCCAACCGGUAUUCCGACCGACUGGUGUUGCUCUUUUCUCAACUGAUAUUGUUCCAGGAUAUGGCAAGGGAAAGACAUCUACAGGAAUUGUCGGCCUUCCAUAUGAUCCAAAUGGCGUCUCCAACAUUGUUGUUCAAUACCAAGCCCUCUUGGAUCGCAUGGCCGCCAGUGACUUGCCCGAGACUGCCCAAUACCGAGUAGAUGUGGAAAAAAUUGCACGUUACCGAAUCAAGGUCGCCAUGGAAAACCCUGAGGACCCUGAUAUGGUGGAAGAUUUGUGUCAGUGCGGACAAGUGGAGGAAUUGGUAGAACAAGCUAAGGAUGAAAUGGAGGUUUUGGAUAUGUACUUGAAGGAGCGCUUGUGGGAGCACAUCAAUGAUUCUGAUGUAGAUAUUGACUACAACCCUGAUCCUUCUAAGGAUCACAAAGGAAUGGAGGGAGAAGAAGAAGAAGAAAGCAGUUAA